GUUUGCGAUUUUCUUCAAACCUUUGUGUUUAUUAGUGGAAUAGUAAAAUUGUGUAUGUAUCAAACGUCUGUUCCAACUAUAGGCAAUAUGUGACUUUGUGAUAUAAAUAGAAUUUAAAAAUCAUGUCGACAAAUCCGGCAGAUCUACGCAAAAGGAAGCGAAAUAAAGAUAGCUCAUCUUCAUAUCUAAUCGUUUCGUGCGGAAAAACACAGAAUGGAGAACGUGACAAACAAAAUAAUUGUGAGACUAAUACACGUAAUCUUGGUGUACAGGAACGAAAAACUGUACACUACAGAAGAAACGUACCUUCCAAAGAUCAAGUAAAACUCGAAGAAACGAGUAUGAAUACAGCAGCAGAAACCAACGAAAACCAGGGUGAAACAGAAGAACAUUCCGUCAAAAAUAUAUAUUCAGCCAUUUGCGAAAACAACACAAAUUCAGCGCCUCCAAAGUAUAUUCACAGCACUCCAGUAAGGUCCAAAGACUGCUUAGAGGAGAUCUACCUACAUCCUGCUUACACGACUGAAGAUGGUCGAAUCGAAAAACGUAAGGAAACCAUUAAGAGAUGGAAAGCAGGCUGGGAAAAGAAGAAGCGACUUUUUUCAACAUCAAGUAUUGCAUCCGUACAAAGUUUCUCAGAGGACAGUUCCGAUGAUUCUUUUGAGAACGACGAUAUUAUGCAAGUAAGGGACAUUGAUAUACCAUUUAAUCCCCCUGCAUGA